AUGUCCGCCCCGCCCCUGCUCCAGCCGCAGAAUAUACGCCCGCCGCGCGACCACGCACACCAUCCUGCACAACCAGAGCGCGCACACUCGUCCUCGCAACAUGCCCGGACAAACCCACCGUGGCCUGUCUACUACCCUGUAGGCGGCACUUCAUAUCUUUUGGAGGGGACCGGCAUCUUUGUCGAUCCCCGUACUGGCGUUGGUCUCUCGGUAUGGAUAGAUCCAUCUCUAGAAGAUUUGUAUGGACUUAUCAAAGUCAUAUGGAAAGAAGGCGGCCACAUAUCUCCCACCCCCGACAGCCCUGCGACCCAACUCCUCCUCGUAUCACCUCACCAAACCCCUACCCUUGAACGAUACUCGCAUCCCGAACGCCUUCCUUCCCUUCGCCACCACAACAUCAAUAUCCCGAAAGAGCCUUUGCCCGGCCGGGAGCUUGCUUGGCAAGUCAAGGUCAUGCUUGACCGGUGCUGGAUUCACCGCUGCCUCACAGCGGGGCACUUUGUCGGGUAUAAAGACGACUGGGGAGGAUGUCGGAUCGGGGGACCUCCGGCUCAUGUCAAGAUGUACCCAUUAGAGCCUAUGAGGUGGCUCAUGCGGUUUGUGGACGGAGGUCUAGCCCUGGACGGGACGGGGAGAGCUGGAGGGGAAAUUUCGCGAGACGCAAUGCGGAGAGAAGGAGAUGAUAGUGAUGAGGACAUUUUGGCCUUGCCCGGCCCUCCGAGGGUUCCCGCCAGUCGAAGCAAUGUAGUUGGGAAUGGAAGACCGCGGGUCGAGAGCGCGGUUUCGUCGAGUAGUCGACCGGUCGCUCAACAGCAUAAUACGGGCACGUUCAAUCGCAAUCCCAAUGCCGGACCGGGGCCCUCCCGAGCUGCAGGAGCUGGAGCUCCUACAGGUUCUCCAGCUCCCGUCCUGCCGGCAAAGCCCAAGACUAUUCCAUCUCCUUCAAAAUACGAAUCUCCUUCUCUUCAUCCAACGCUCCAAGGUUACACCUCUGCGAAAUCCAAGCCCAAGCCUCUCCCAUCCCAAAAUUCUUCCUCGGCUGUUCCAGCCCAGAGUUUCUACCAGGGGAGCGGUCCUCGGCCUUCAAAUAAGGGCAAAACUCCUGCGAGGGAUGAAGAGCAGUCGGCAGAGUCUGAUAGUGACGUUGGUGCCUACGAGUCUGACGGGGAUUGGCCGACAGGCAGCCAGGUGCCAAAGAGCGACUUUGUGUCUAGGGAGACGACGACGUUGAGUGAACUGGACGAGAUCAUGACAAUUGAGAGGAUGUGCUUGGGGCCUGGUAUCAGGGAUAGCUAUUUUAUCGGUCUGCUUCGCAAAAAGUACGGCGCAUACUCCUACGCGGCUUGGCGAGAUAUCUAUAUCUGCUGGUUAUACCAGAACGGCCAAUUCUCCUACCUCUCCGCAUCAUGCCCCGAUUCGCUCGAGUACAGCACGAGGUCCGCUCAAAGACCUAUACAAGCCGAUGAAUAUCACGACGAUACCCCGAGGUAUAUCCCGAUGGAACCCUCGACUUUGAGCUGGAGUGAUGUCAAUCAUGUGUUUGAAAAGGAGAAUGAGAUUAUCUGGAAUGCCAAUCUCAAUUUGGAUGAAACAGGCCACUAUCUGGGGGACAAGUAUGGCGUAUACCUCGGAUCGACUUGGAAAGCAUACUUUACACGCUGGAGGAAGCAAAAGCAAGGCAAACUCAUAGACGAGGACGAACAAGAGCCCGCGCCCAAAGCUCCCGUCAAGCCUGCGGUCCAACGCGCUCCUACUGUAAUCCGGCCCACUCGCGGACCCAAGCGCAAAUCACCCUACUCCCCUCCACCGCCCGCUGCCCGACGAAAGCCUUCCCCGCCUUCCCAACAAAGAUUCCCAGGCCCUUCCCGGCGCAAAUCGCUGGCUCGGCCUAUGGUCGACACGGGGGAAGAGUCUGAUUUGGAUGAUGGGGCAAAGGAUAUUGACUCGGAUGAUGAGCCGGCAGUCAAGACUGGUACGGGGCAAGGGGUGACAGAGUACAUGACGAACGAAACGUUGUGCAAGAUUUUUGAGGAGAGGGAUGCGGAGUGGGAAGGACGGGGCGCAUCGAGGAGUGAAAUUGCCGGGUGGCUGGAGAAAGAGAUCGGUGUCUACAGUGUCGGCUCCUGGCAAAUCUACUACAAUAACUGGAAGACUAAGAAGGGACGUUUUAUCUACCUCGCCAAAGACACCAAACCCAAACCAUCGCCGAAGGUCGUCAAGCCCAGGCCGUCUCUCGUGCCCCCUGCCCCUCCUCUCAUGCGCGCGGCUCCUCGCCCGGCGCCUCGCAAGUCUGCGCCUCGCGCUCCUGCUGUCAGCACCAACCCCCAACCAUCUGCUUCUCGUCCUUCCAUUGGCAAAUCGCCCGCACAGCCCGCGGCCAAGCCCGCAGGACCAAAGAAGCAGAAGAAGCCAAAGGUGGCUGUGGUGCCAAAGAAGAGUUUCACGGAUGAAGAGGAGAAGGCUAUGGCGCAGUAUGUUGUGAAUUACAAUGUGACGACGGUUUUGCCUAGUUAUCUCACUUGGCAGGGCUGGGCUGCCAAUCCCCGAGGCUAUCCCAAGCGUACGCCUACGUCCUACGCCACCCACUGCUGGAAGUUCCGUGAUCGCAUGGAGGCCCUCGUUGCACAGUUCAAGGGUACGCCCAACGACACUCGCUGGCACGGCCAACUCGCCAAAGGCGGUCCGGGUACCAAGGAUAAGGACAGGACGCUCACGGUGGAUCCGAGCGAUAGACUGGCGAUGGCGAUGGCCUUGGCGGGGGUGGAUAUGGAUACAGAUGAGGAAGAAGAGGUGGUGGUGGAUGCGGACGAAGAGCUGGAGUCUGAAUAA